GAUUUCGUCUCUCCCUUUUGCCCACUCUGUGCGUCUCUCUGAUGUUUGAUGUCUCCUUCUCUCUCUAAUCACCGAACAAUCGCUCUCUCUCUCUCUUGAUCGCAGCUGAGCAUCGAAUUCCCGCGGGUUUCGGACGAUCCGAGGCUGAAUUUAGGGGGUUGCUGGUUUCUGUUGGUGGCUAGGGUUUCGUCGAGGUGGAAUUGGUGGCGUUCGAAUUGGCAAGGAAUUCGGGAGGGUGUUUCUCUUGAUAGGUUUGAAUCUGAUUAGGGUUUCGGGAGGUGCGGUUGUGUGCGAAGGAAAAAAGUGGAGGAUUGAUGGUAGUCGCGGGGAUUGAAGAGAUUGGGGGAAAUGCAAGGCUAUGCAUGGGAGGGAAGGUGAGGAGGCGAGUAAGCAGCUCGGGAAUCCGCACAUGCGGACUGUCCCCCCGCGCCUAGGAGCUCCGCGUGAUUCUGACGGUUCCCUGUCUUCUACUGCGUCUUCUUCUCCGAGCUUCUUUUUCAAGGACGGACGCAAGAUUAGCGUAGGAGACACUGCCCUUUUUAAGCUGCUACAGGAAUCACCGCCUUCCAUUGGAAUAGUUUGUUGGGUAACUGUAACUAAGGACAAGAACUUGAAGUUGGGUGUGAAUUGGCUUUACCGUCCCACUGAAGUUAAACUUGGCAAAGGCGUCUUGUUGGAUGCUGCGCCAAACGAAAUCUUCUACACCUUUAAGAAGAAUGAGAUUCCUUCUACAUUAUUACUCCAUCCGUGUAAAGUUGCAUUUCUUCCCAAAGGUGUUGAGCUUCCAUCUGGGAUCUCUUCAUUUGUUUGUCGUCGGGUAUAUGACAUAGCAAACAGGCAGCUGUGGUGGCUAACUGACAAGGGUUCUUUUAAUGAACGUCAACAAGAAGUAGAGCAGCUUUUGUACAAGACGCGAAUAGAGAUGCAUGCCUCUGCGCAACCGAAUGGUCGAUCUCCGAAACAGAUGACUGGUUCAAUGUCAACAUCACAGUUGAAAACUGGCUCUGAAGGUCUGCAGAAUGCUGCGUCCUUGGCAUCUCAAGGCAAAGGAAAGAAAAGAGAGCGUGUAGACCAGAGCUCAGAUCCUGUGAAACGUGAACGUUUAGCAAAAAUGGGAGAUGGCGAUCCUGGUCGCUAUAGUUCAGACAGCUUCUUGAAAUCGGAGAUUGCUAAAGUAGUAGAGAAGGGACCGCUGGUAGAUACAGAAGGUGUUGACAAAUUAGUGCAUGCAAUGCUUAUCGAGAUAAGUGAGAGGAAAAUAGAUUUGACUGCCCGAACAAUGCUUACAAAUGUAAUUGUUGGCACAGAGAAGCCAGAUUGCCUGAGCAGAUUUGUUCAGAUAAGGGGCUUGUCUAUAUUGGAUGACUGGCUUCAAGAUGUUCAUAAAGGAAAGACUGAUGAUAGCAGUGGGGUCAAGGAUAAUGAUAAAUUGGCCGAGGAAUUUCUCUUGGUUCUGCUCCGUGCGCUGGACAAACUCCCCGUAAACCUUCCAGCCUUGCAGAUGUGCAACAUUGGCAAGUCGGUGAAUCAUUUACGGACACACAAGAACUUGGAAAUUCAGAAGAAGGCGCGGAGUCUAGUUGACACAUGGAAGAAACGUGUCGAGGCUGAGAUGAAUAUGAAUGAUGCCAAGAUGGGUUCAAAUCAGGCUGUCACAUGGUCUGCGAGGUCUCGAGUACCUGAGGUUGCUCAUGUGAACAGAAACCAAGGUGGUUCCUCAGAAGGUGCCCCUAAGAGCCCCAGUGUCCAGCUUUCUGCUUCCAAAACUGCUCCAGCGAAGCUCCUUCAGGGCGAAACAGCUUCUAGGUCUGCUUCUCCAUCUCCGGGGUCGACAAAAUCGGCUACUCCUCAGGCCUCAGUGGGUGUUAACUUGAGAGAUGGACAGCCCCGCCUCAGCAGCAGCUUGAGCGAUAUUCCUUCAACAACAUCAAGGGAUGAAAAGAGCAGCAGUUCUAGCCCGUCUCUCAAUAAUAGCCAGUCCUGUUCAGGUGACCACACCAGAACUGGUGGUGCCUCUGUGAAGGAAGAUGCAAGGAGUUCAAACGCUGCCUCGAACAAGAUGCCAAGUUGGUCAUCUCGUUCUAGGAAAUCGAAUGGUUUCGCAGCAGCAGGUGCAUCUGCUCGGGAGGCUGGGUCAAGCAGGACUCCUUCCUUGUAUCGGAAUGCUGCUCCAGAUAAAGCAUCUCAGUCUGGAGUAACAAAUGAGAAGGCAGUUGACGUGCCUCCUGAGGUGAAUAGUCACAAAUUGAUUGUUAAGAUUCCAAAUAGAAGUCGAAGUCCUGCUCAAAGGGCUAUAGGAGGGUCUGUUGAGGAAUCCUCUGUGAUGAAUAGCAGAGCUUCUUCUCCAGUGGUCUUGGAUAGGCCUGAUCAACUGGAUGCUGUUGUAGAAGAGGCAGCUGAUGCUUCUCAAGCCAGUGUGUCCUCUGAUGCCAAUCCGGAAUCUUGGCAAGGGAAUGAUUUUACAGAUGCUGAUGCACGCGAGGAAGGUGACAGGCCUGUUGAUGCCAGUCCCACUGCGGAGCACUCUAAGACUGGCAAAAACACCAAGAAGACGCAGGAAGCGCUGAAAAAUACUGUGUCAUCACCGAGGAACACGCUGAAGCUGGGUAAAGCGCAGGAGGUUUCUAUGAGUUCCAUGAAGGCUUUACUUGAGAGUUGUGUUGAUUAUUCUGAAUCCAAUGCAUCAGUUGCCAUUGGAGAUGAUAUGGGAAUGAAUCUGCUUGCUAGUGUGGCUGCAGGUGAAGUGUUCGAGUCCGGAGUGGCAUCUCCAGAUGUCAAUCCACAUGAAAAUUCCUUAUCUGUGGAACCUUCCUGCAAAGGUAAUGAUCCUGAAAUGAAGCCAUCACCUCAAGAUAGCCAUUCACAAGAUGAUCGUGCAUCUAAAGAUGUGGAUGAGUCUACUCAGAAAGACCAUUCUGAGGUUCGUGUAGUUAAUUCCAGCAACGCAGAUGGUAAAACCUCACGCUCUGAGGAGCAAGCUGGUGAAGAGCUGGACAUGCAUAUGGAGUCUUCUUGUGUAGAUGCGGAUCAAGCUGCGGCACUAUCUUCUUGGAACAAGGCAAAUGAUUCAGCCGUAGCUGCUUCUGUUUCUGGGACGGACACAGUUUCUGAAGGUGGGAAAGAGUCCAAAGAGAACGCAUUGCUGGAGGAACCGCAUUUAGAUGGCAAAGUUAAGGUUGACGCCUCAAUCUUGCCUGAAGAUAGGGUUGUCGAUGAUAAUUUGAAUGUGAAGUCUGAAGCAGAAUCUGCUGAGGUGGGAUCUCUACCUGGCAAUGAAGGCAGGACUUCGAACAGAGAUUCUGAUCAGGGGCAGGUAGAGGCAAAGCCAACUGGAAAGAUCCUAUGUGAGGCAACCAAGCAAGAACUAAAUGCAGCUGAUGGGGUUAGGGCAGCGGAGGUUUGUGAAAUGGAUGGUGUAAACAAACAUAAGCAGGAUGAGAAACCAGAUCCUUCAAUAGUUUUGGGCAUUCAGACUGUUGCAGGACCUGCGUCAGGCAUCGAGAAACAUGUAGAAAGUGAGGCAGCCUCUGAGAAAAAGGUUGGUGGAGCUUUUUCCGAGUCAUCAACUGACCUUAAUUGGCAAGAUAUGGAUGCGAGGGGCAGAUCUAGAGGAUGUGAAGUCCCAAGCAGCAAAGAAGCCAAUGAGACAGCGAAAUGCAAUUCAUCUGGUGCCCAUGCUUCUGUUGCAGGGCCUACGGACAGAGACACAAAAUUGGAGUUUGACUUGAAUGAGGGAUUUAGCGCUGAGGAUGGGAAAUUCGGUGAAUCUAUUAGCUUCAAUUCUCCUGCAUCUUCAGCCGCUGCUGUUCCUUUGAUUAGCCCAUUGCCCAUUGCUUCCUCUUCAUCAUCAGCAAGUCUUUCUGCUCCAAUUGCUGUGGCUGCUGCAGCUGCAAAAGGAACAUUUGUUCCUCCCGAUGAUCUACUGAGGGCCAAAGUGGAAAUUGGGUGGAAGGGAUCAGCGGCCACGAGCGCGUUUCGCCCAGCUGAACCCAGAAAGAUCAUGGAGAUGCCUAGUAUUACUGCAUACACCACUCAUUCUCCCGACAUUUCUUCAGGAAGACAGAGUCGUCCUCCAUUGGAUUUUGACUUGAAUGUUCCAGACGAGAGAAUCAAUGAGGAUGCAGCUCCUCAGUGUUCUCCUCUCGAGGUGUCUUCAUUGUACAACUCGAGGAGUAACUUUGAGAAGGCCCAUCAGGAGAUGUUUAGUCCUGCACCGACUCGUAGCUCUGGGGGGCUCGGUCUUGAUUUAAACUGUGCCGAUGAAGCUCCUACUGAAUGUGUGAACUACUCAACAAGCAACAGGCGUAAGCCAGAUGCAGGUGCACGUAGAGACUUUGACUUGAACGAUGGACCUGUAAUUGAUGCUGCUGAACCAUCAACUUCAGGCCAGCAGCAGCUGAGGAGCAGCGUGCUUGCCCAUCAGCAGACUGUUCCCGGGAUUCGGGUGAACAGUGCUGAGGUGGGAAAUUUCUCAACUUGGUUUCAUCCUGUGAGCAGCUAUCCGGCUGUAACAGUUCCAUCUAUCUUGUCUGAUAGAGGGGAGCAAUCUUUCCCUAUUGUUGCUGGUGGGGGCCCACCAAGGAUGUUGGGACCUUCUAGCGGUGGUGGUAUCCCCUUCAAUACUGAGAUGUACCGAGGGGCUGUGCUUUCAUCUUCUCCAGCCGUGCCUUUUCCAUCAGCUCCAUUUCAGUACUCCAUCUUCCCCUUCGGGACCAGCUUUCCUUUACCAUCAGCAAGCCUUUCAGGUAGUCCAUCAACGUAUGUGGAUCCAUCAUCCGGAGGAAGGCUAGGGAUCCCUCCUGUGCAUUCGCAGCUUUUGGGACCUGCUGCGGCAGUCACAUCCCAAUUUUCUCGGCCUUACUUGGUAAGUCUUCCAGAUGGCAGUGGAAACAGUGUUCUUGAGAGCAGUAAGAAAUGGAGCCGGCAAGGACUGGACCUUAAUAGUGGGCCUGGUGGCCAUGAACUGGAAGGCCGAGAUGAAACAUCUUCUCUUGGAUUGAGGCAAUUGUCUGUUGCUGGCCAGCAAGCCUUACCUGAGGAGCAAUCAAGGAUGUAUCAAGUAAAUAGUGGGCUGCUUAAGAGGAAAGAGCCUGAAGGAGGAUGGGAUGGAUACAGACAAUCAUGGCCGCAGUAAAAGUCUCAAUCGUGCUUCCCUUAUGAUGAUUGUGGCUUGUUUUUGAUGACCUUUCUCACUUUGAUGCGGAAGAUGAGACACAUGUGGAAGAAAGACGGAGGAACAUAGACAAUCUUUAGAGCUCUCUGUUCUGCAAACUGAGGUUUUGUGUUUGGGCUAACUCGAGGAGGUCAUCAUCUAACUUGGAUCCGUAGCCGAAGUCAAUGUCGUCCAAGCCUAGAAGAGCAUCUCAAGGAUUCUCUCAAAUAAGUUUCCAGACAUCUUUCUUGGGGCUGCAGAUACACAUUUUCCCUUUGUAUAUAUUCUUAUACUGAUGGAAAGGGGGAAACAAAAGAAGGCAUUUGCAUUGCUCAUACUUAAGGGAAAAAAUCGACCCUUUCGUGCUGUUUAAUGGAACUGAACUGAAACAUCCUUUGCCAAUACUUCCCGAUGGCAGGAAUGUCGGGUUCAAGAUGGCAUUCUGCAGGAUCCUUCCCUGUGGGAUCUUUGGUUUCUUUCUAAGUUAAUAUAUCCUUCCGCUGUUUUUAGGUCCUAUCGAGGUUGCCUUCACAAGGCACUUGCCU